AUGGCGGAAUUCGCGAAGAAGUUCAUCGUUGAAAGGGGUAGUGGAGCUUACAGGGACUUCAUUAAGGACUUGCGCGUUGAAUUGAGAGAGACCUUUUCACACAAUAUUCAUGCUGAGAAUUCGACGGGGCAACCUCUACUUGGACGCCUACCAAAUGGAGAAUUCUUAGUGGUUGAAGUUCGGGCGUACUUCUCUCUUACUUCUCCGCAUCGAAUUCCCAGAUCCAGUUUCUUGGGUUACGAUGGUGGCUACAAUGCCCUGGAACAUGUUUCCGGACAAGGUAUGAACAACAUAGCCCUUGGCCGGAUCGCACUCACUAAUGCCAUAAAUGGACUGGCUACCUCCCUGAUCUCCUCUGCAAAUCGCGCAAGGUCACUGAUCAUCAUGAUUCAAAUGAUCUGCGAAUCGAUUAGAUUCACCCAUAUCUCUGACCUUCUCGCUGCCACGUUCAGCAACAAUAGUUCUUCGCCACCUCCUAAUUGGAUGCUGGCACUAGUCCGUAGCUGGGGACUCCUCUCUACCACAUUGCUGCUAGCCGAUGCUAAUCACGCUGCUUUCUUCCGACCUUCGCAACCCAACGAUAUGAAUGUCAUGUCCGCUCUGGACGCGGUUGCUGCACUUGGCAUCUUGCUCAGAAGCAUCUAG